CCUAGCUAUAUAUGUCAGACAGAUACACAGAUCUCUCCAAUGAACGAUGUGAUAGGGUACAACGCUACAGCAGCCCCCUGUAAGCUAAGAGAGUACGAUCUUGAGAGUAACAACGAUGAUAACUUCUCAGAUAGCAGCAGCUAUGUUCACGGCUCGCACGAGGAUGUCUUAUGGAGUCUUGAGCAGAAGGUCCGCACAAUGCAGAAAUACGGCGUCGUCGCAAAUUCUGUUGAGCUUGAGGAGUUGGAGCGAUCUUUGGAUGAAGAGCUAAAGAAAUAUCACAUGUUCGACGAAUCAGAUGCAGAGGGAAAAGAUAACGAUGAGACGUUACAGUCAGUGAACAUCAGCCAACUGGUCCACGACGGCAGCGAGAGUGACUCCCCGCCCAGUUCCCCUGACAAUGUGCUAGGCAGUAAACCUUCUGAUAUUGACAAACUCUACAAACAGUUCUACAGAGAGAACGCUCACACUCCUUCAGACCUAGGUCUUCAGUUCAGGGCCCCCUCAGAUCUAGACUACUACCCCACAAAACAGACCCCUAAAGUGUACCCCAAGUCCCCUAAACCCGCUCCUAAAACAUACGGUGCACACAGCUCUGCUCUUCUUACUUCUAGUAUCAGGAGUCAUAAUGGUUCUUCAAGUGGUCUCUCCAGGCCGGGUUCAAGACACAGCUCGAACAACAGCGGACCCCCACCGUACAGUGUGACAGGUGUGUCCUCCCUAGCGGGGGGUGCGACCCCUUCUGUUGGGGGUGCGACCCCUUCUGUGGGGGGUGCGACCCCUUCUGUGGGGGGUUUACCUCCUACUUUAAAUUCAGUAUUACACUCGGACACAAUGCCGUAUUGUGGGGCAAGCUCGUGUAGUGGCAGUCAAGCUAACAUCUUCGCCAGUACACCUCUCUCCUUUGACGUGAUGUCAGGGCGUAACUCCCAGUCAUCAGGCCGCUACACCCCCUCCCCCUCCUGCGAUCUCCUCGACUCAGGCACCAGGAAGAUGUUGAAUACCUCUACUGGGGACCACAUGUUCACAUCUGGUUCCAGUAUCGCUGAAAGGGCAAUCUCGCCUCCCAUCCAGACACCAGUUACUCGGGGGUACGCUUCUUCAAUGCCAGUACUGGACACCGAGAACAUUGAACCUAACAAGGGUUGUGGUGGAUACGUGGACAGUAACAAACUGGCCGGAGCACGGACCGCCUCUCAGAUCUCCUACAACAACUCCAGGAUAACAAACCUCUCCAGACAGUCGCUCAACAAGAGACCUGCUAAGAAGUGCUCUGAUAACACCAGUGCAGGUUCCUCCACCAGUUCUGAGCCGGAGUUACAGGACAUUCUUAACAUUCUGACGGGGAGUUCCAACCUUGCUUUGGUGAACACGGCAGCUGGCGCUCUCCAACACCUUUCUUACGGUAGCGACCUCAUGAAGAACAAGAUAAGAGAUGCCGGAGCUAUCCCAAUCCUAGUGCACAUGUUAUCUCUUGAUGACCUGGUGUGUAUCUCCUCACUGGGCGUUCUCCGAAACCUCUCAUUCGGCAAAAACAACCAUCUCAACCGGAUUGCGAUACAAGAUGCUCAUGGCAUCACCCUUUUAGUACAGCUACUCAACACCACGGAGAGCUUUGAGAUUCAGGAGCUGGUUACUGGUGUCUUCUGGAACCUUAGCUCUAGUGAUACUCUCAAAAUACCUAUUCUCAAACAAGCACUCGAACCUCUUGUUAAGAACAUAAUAAUACCGCUGUCCGGUUGGAAGGAAACUCAAGGUAUCCCAUUUGACCAGAUAGGCUACAACCCAAACAUCAGCUGGACAACCGUGUUUAGAAACGCUACAGGCUGCUUGAAGAACCUGUCGUCAGCGGGUCUUGAAGGGCGAACCCUCCUUCGUCUCUGCCACGGACUAGUAGAUAGCCUCCUCUGGACGGUCAGGUCAGCACAAGGCAAGAACGACGUAGAUAACAAAGCAGUGGAGAACGCGGUGUGUAUCUUGAGGAAUCUGUCCUACAGAUUGGAGGCGGAAGUGGCUCCGGAGGUGAAGUACGGAGCGGGGGAUGACUGGAGGUCACGUGGUUUGGGAGGAGGCCAGUUCAGGAGGAAGACUCCGGAAGAGGGGAAGAAGAAGAAGAAGGGCAAGGGAAGAGAGGUAAAUGUAACGCCACUACCUGACCACACCGCUGGGGUGGGGUUACUAUGGCAAUCAGGUGUGGUUAGAGUGUAUCUGGAUCUGUUGUUGGAAUGCAGUAACCCUGAGACUCUGGAGGGGGCUGCUGGAGCGUUACAGAACCUCACUGCUUGCUCCUGGGAACCUGCUCAGGCAAUAAGAGAGACAGUUAGAAAAGAGAAAGGAUUGUCUGUUAUAACGAGUCUACUUAGACUCCCCAACGACCUGGUGGUCAGAGCCACUGCUUUUUGUCUCCGGAACCUGGCUAUUGAUCAUAAGAACAAGGAACUGCUAGGUAAACACGCGACGUUGGAUCUGGUAAAACGACUGCCGGGAGGGGACGGUAUGGACGGUAUCACGGAUAUAACCAUUACCGGGGUUGUAUCGGCUGUCUCCGAGAUAGUGGCAGACAGCCAAGACAAUGCUCGUAUUUUCAGAGAUUAUGAUGGAGUGGGAAGGCUAAUGAUAAUAGCUCGCUCACAAGAUAUCUACAACCGACAGUGUGUUUUCACCUCCAACAAGAUCCUAGCUGCACUUUGGGAAGUUAAAGAUAUCAAGAGACAGCUCAAAUCAAUGGGCUGGAAUAUCUCGUUCUACACGCGUUUACAGACCCUGGAUAGAUCUAACGAUGGAAUGGCAGGAAUGGAGUACGAUGAAACCAGGAACCAGUUCCGUAUCUCCGGUUCUGAUAAACCUGCUCUUCCUGACCACUGUGUUAAGAGUCCCGACCCUACCUUCGACUCUCAUACUAUGGGUCGUAACCACGGAACACCAGAUAUGUUAUCUCCCGCCCUCACAACAAUUACAUCCUCGCCUAGCAACCACGUGACGUCACCCAAUAGUCACGUGCCGUCACUACAUCAAUACCAAAUGACGUCAUCACAACGUCACGUGUCGUCAUCGCCCGCCCACAGUGCCGAGUACGAAUCACCACUUCAGAAUAGGUCCUCAACGUUAGGACGAAACAAUAACUCUGUUCUCCCGCACAAGUCAUAUCAGCAGGAGCCACCUGAGCUACCCCAAAGAGGACACAGUACCUUACCGAGCAGAAACUAUCAGAGUAACCGAUACACUGUCGCUGAUUCUUGGGUGUGAUGGUGAUACUGAUAGUGAAACUGAUCCCUUAGUUUCUCUUUCGUUUUCCGAGUGAACUUUAUCUUUUUUGUACAUGUUUUUCGGAGUGGAGACUACAGUUCAGUUUUUAUUCAGCAACAAACUCAGUUAGUUCAGCUUUGGACUGUGUAUUGGAAAAAGUUACCAAAAAUAUACGUGGCAGCUCCCAGCGAAUUCAACGAAAAUCAACGAAAACAUUUUUGGGUGUUACAAUGUCGCGGAGUUAAGCAUCUUGCGAUAUCUGACGAAUGACGAUCUAUCUUACACCGACUUGGUGAUAAAUAAUGAAAUUGUUUGUUUUACUCUAUGCUAGGAUACGUGCAGGAUUAAAAUCACCUUUAGAAUUACUAUAUUACAUUUCUAGAUAGUUAGUUAGUUUGUGAAUUUUGUUUUUUGACGCCAUUCAGUUUUAGGCUACA